AUGACCCCCUCGGCGCCCUCACCAGAUGGGACCCUUCCUUCCCCUCCACCCCCUGCUCUUGACACGGCGUCCUCUUCUCCCACUCCUCCAGCACCCCUCGCGCCAUCGAGCUCCGCCUCCGCUACCCCACCGCCUCCGCCGCUGCAGCCAGUGCUGUCAGGGAAUCAGACUCCGAAGACCCAAGCGGAGAUCGACGCCCUAACCGCCUUUCGCCUCGCCCUUCAUGACCCCCUCAGUGCCCUCGCUAGAUGGGACUCUUCCUCUUCCUCUACCCCCUGCUCUUGGCGCGGUGUCCUCUGCUCCCGCUCCUCCUGCACCCCUCACAUCGUCGAGCUCUGCCUCCCAGCCUCCACCUUUCUGGUCCCAUCUCCGACCGACCUCCCUUUCCUCCAAAAGCUCAGCCUCCACCAAAACUCCUUCUCCGGCCCCAUUCCUACCGCCCUCUCCCCCACACCCUCCUUGGCCGCCCACCCCGCCUCCCCUCUUGGUCACGCCCUCCACGCCACCACCCUCCUUCCCCCACUGCCUGUGGGGAACCCCCCACCCCACUACACCCCAAACCCCUUAGGCAGCACCGCCUCCCCUCUCAGUCGUACCCUCCACCUUUUCCUCCCAACUCGGCACCACGGCUCCUCUGCACGUCCUCUCAACGAGCUCAGUGUAGUAGGAAUCAAGGAGGGUGAUGGGGAUGGAGUUGGGGUUGAUUUGGUUGGAGCUGGUGGCAACAUGAGACGGAAGAUCGAGUUCUCCGGCAAUAUGGAGUGGACACCGGUGGUGCUUAAUGACGUGGAUAACACGCAAUCUUUAUAA